AUGAUCCCUCGGGUAGCCAACCCGCCUUCUCGUCGGCGGCCCUCCCAGGUUUUCUCCGAACAGUACGGAGUGUCGCGGAGCCCCACGAACCCCGUUUGGCAAGCAGCCAUAGAAAAGUACUAUGGCAAGCUCGCAAAGGGUGGAAUCAAGGCGUCCAUGAUCGACAAGGACUUGUGGGACGUCAGCGGGCCGGACGAGCUCAUUGCUCAAAUCGAAGCUCUCGUUCCCAUACAAGCCGCUCAAUCGAAUGCUUGGAGCAAGGCGAUGAGCCGACUGCAGCCUAUCGUGCUUGGUCUCAACGACUUCGUGGCAGUUACCGCAUGGGCUGUGGGCAUGAACGGCAAACUCGACGCAGUCCUCGGGGGCUCCAUCCGGCUUAUAAUCAAGUUCGCCCAGCCCGUUCUGCCAGAUGUCAAUGAGAUGCUUGAAAGCUUUCAAAGUUCACUGCCGCGGAUACAGAAGUACGAACAAGAAUUACCCAUGACAGAAUCUCUAGAGAAGGCGCUCCUUGACUUAUACGGCGAAAUCAUCGUCUUCUGCGCUCAUGUAAUCGCUUUUUUUCGCAACAACCCCAACGUCGCCAGGAACCGCAAUGCCUGGUCCAAGUUCAGCCGCGACUCGACCGAAGUCAUUGCUAAUGUUCGGAAAUACUCCAGGCGGGUUGAUGAAGCAGCAGACAUGAUCAGACUGUCUAAGGAGAUCCAUACCGCUGAGACUGUGGCCGCUCUUAGGGAGUUUCAAGGACUUCGGAUUCGUUCGAACAACGCGAAAUUGCCGUUUUUCGCGAGAAACGCCGAGCUUCAGACGCUGAAGGAUGCUCUUCACCCCCUACGUGCCGUUGACAUCCAUGGACUCGGCGGUAUUGGGAAAACCCAACUUGCUCUCCACUUUGCCAACACGUCCAUGGGCAUCUACGAAAUCGCCUGGACCCCGGCCGAGACUCAGAUCAAACUUGUUCAGGCUGUAUCCAGUCUCGCGAACAAGCUCGGGCUGGCCGAUGGAGCAAGCGAGGACGACUAUGAGAACGUUGGCAAGGUUCGAGACUGGCUCAACACGGCGGGGAAGCCUCAAGGCUCUCUCAUCGUAACAAGCAGAUCUCCUUCGCAAGCUGCCGGGCGGGUGACUGCAACCAUUGCGCUCGCCUCAUUCUUGCCGGAAGAUGGGACAGACGUACUGCGAUCUCUCACUGGACUGGAACCCGUGAACGAGGAGGUGAAGGCGGCAGCAGGCGAUGUUUGUCGUCUCAUUGGGGGUCUUCUUCUGGCCAUGGUGCAGAUAAGCACUUCAUCCGCGAACGAGAGAAGAUCUUUGCCAAGUCAGAGCGGCCAAUCUCGCUUCAGAAGCUUUCCGCCGAGGCAACCACAUUCACAGAAUCUGCUUGUCUUCUUUGACCCUGACGAGAUUCCAGAGCGGCUCAUAACCAACACGAAGGUUAAGCUUCAAAAUCCUCGCCUGGAGUUCCUCUUUGACGAGUUUGACUUUGGAGAGGCGGCCGUCGAGUUGAACCGGACGUCCUUGAUCAGCAGACUCUCUGGGUCCAAAGCCUUGUCCAUGCACCGUCUGGUCCAGUUCGCCGUCUUUCUCAGGCAAUCAAACUCCGACCUAGUAGUCAACCCCGACUCCGCAAUCCGGUUCCUGUAUUUCGGCUUCCCAAACACCUGGCAGCAGAGGGGUGCUCAUCAGGGCCAUGGCUGGGCGUCGUGGGAGACCUGCGGCGCCGUCUUGCCGCACGUGAGCUGGCUCAUGAAGUUGUCCGAGAGAAACAAGCUCAAGCCAUCAGCCCCUGAUCAGUGGGCGGAGUUGAUCUGCAGAGCUGGAACCUACUUAUGGGAGAAGGAACAGCCUUCACUCGCCAGAACCUUCUUCGAAUACGCCCUCAAGAUCGACGAUAUCACUCCUGGGCCACCUCUCCUCGAUCUUGCCCGCCUGCCCGCGGCCCUGGCCGCGUACCAACAGGCGCUCGCCAUACGCGAGCAGCUCGAGGGCGCAGCCUCGACCGGCGUCGCCGACGUCUGCGACUCGGUGGCGUGCGCCUACACCGAGCUAGGCGACGUCGACCAAGCCACGGCAUACCUCGACCGGGCGACGGCGAUCCACCACGCGUACGACCCCAGUAACAUGUCGCGCACGCUGGCCAUCCGCGCGCUGGCGUGCCUGCGGGCAGGCGAGGCCGAGCGCUCACUCGACGCGAUCCGCGAGUGUUGGCGGCUGCAGGGCCUGACGCAGGAGCAGGUCGAGGCGUCACGGUACCCCAAGCACAGCGGGGACGUUAUGAUGCUCGCGCGGAUCCUGUGCCUGCAGGGCCGGAAGGCUGAGGCGCAGGAGCUCGCGUCGCGGACGAUCAAAAUGCGGCGUGGUGUCUAUGGGGAGAGGGGCGGGCCGAGGGUCGCCGACUCGCUUUUCACCGCGGCGCGGAUGCUGGAGGACGGCGGGGAGACUGUACUGGCGAGCAGGAUGAUGAGGGAAGUCUUGGAAAUUUGUGGUGACGCGCCAGAGAUGAGGGCACAUCUGGCUAGGGCUUUUUGGUUCUCUGCGGGUAUGGAAGCCAAGAUGAAUGGCCAUGAGGACGACGUGGCCUACCUCAGGCAGACGGCUCGUGUGGCGCGAGAUGGCAUCGAGGGGAGAGAAUGGCCGGACGAGGAUGCUGAUGAGGGUUUCAUGCGCCUGGUGAGCUGGAUGUUGUGGUAG